CUCUCUUUUCUUUUAUCUAUUCUAUUUCUUUCUCUGCUUUCCCUCUUGCAACUACAACCAUCUCUAUUUAAUAAAGUAAAAUGAAAAUAUAUUAUAUGUAUGGUAUAUUGGAAUGGUUGAAGAGACAAAAUUCUGUAAGCAACUUGUCUUCUGCACUGUCUAUCUAUUAUCUUCUGCCUCUGAUCCUCUGAUUAUCCCUUUACUUUGGCCAGCAAACAUAUAUCAGGCAGUCCCCCACUGCUCAAAAUGGCAAUCUAUGAAGCGUAGCUGCUGUGCUGAAAUGUUUAAAUUCACCUCACCCUUAUAAACGAGUAUUUAAUUCUGAUAUGUGGGUAUGUACCAUAGUUGAAACUGGAAACUGGGAUACCAGUCAUGAUUAAUUAGAAAGCUUUUAGAAAGAGGAUGCAAUACUGUCAAAUAGAUGCUUGUUUUGACUGCAGUUUUUUUUUUUUUUUUGAAACUUUACAGUGCGCAUGAAAUUUCCAUAAGCAACCAAAAGGAUGUCAUGUCAGAUUAUUUCCCGCACUAGAAAUAUACAUACAUAUAUAUAUAUAUAUUAUUAAACUAUAUAGUUUAAAUAUGCUUCACUAAUAUCUCAAAUGCUCCCCAUCUGCAGAAAUAUAUAUCCAUACACACCCACCAAACUGACCCAGAAAGCCUUAUCUUUUCCAAACUCCACAUUACUGAUUACACCUCUUUUCAACUUUAGAAAUUUUAUUAUUUUAUGUUAAGCUAUUCUUUUUUUCUUACAUUUUUUGACAUUUAUUUUAAGUCCUAAUACAAAGUAUUUGUUGGAUUAUAAUACUAGUUCUUUUUUUUGUUUCUCUUCCUAUCUAUAUAAGCAUGCAUACCUUUUAACAAUAUUACUGAGGGUGUCAACUAUGUUUAUAUCCAGAAUAGCUUAAGGUAGAUGAAAAAUCUAAUUCCCUUAACUCGUCGAAUGCAUGAUUUUGUUUAUGGUUUCAUGCUUAUCAUUCAGUUUCCAUGACCGAUGCUUCGUGAUCAAGAAUUAGAGAGGAUUUGAUCCAACUUAGUCUCUGUUAAAAGAAUUGCAACAAAUAUUUUUCACUUGUAAGCGUCUUUUUGUCAAAGCCAAUCUCAACCAGUUGCAGUAGGAUCUGGAUUUGAAAAAAAGUUUCAGCCAUGGAUGGCUUGGGAUGGGAUGAAUUAAAUUCAUUGCCCGUUUGGAACAGUCAGCCAAAUGAUGUAGAAGACAGUUUCCUAAUUUCCAACUCAAAUUCUUCCGUUUAUGGUGACAAGAUCAAUCUGCCAGAUGAUAUCUUCGUUAAUUCAAUUCAAGAACUCCAAGAAGCUCAGCCAUCCCUUGUGAAUCCAGAUGCGGAUAUAGUAUCUGAAAUGGUUAAUCCACAACCAGUUCCUGCAUCAGCUUGUGGCUUAACACAAGAAUGGUGCUCUUCUCCAUUGUUGAAUAGCUCAGCCUAUGGUUUGAGCUCAUCAAACGCUUCAGUUUCUGAUAUUGGAAGCAUGGCGGUUCACUCACAAGUCAUCAAUGGUUUACCAAAUGGAAACGCUGUCGCUGGUGCUACAACAACAACAGCAAGCUCUCUUGAGACCCUUGAAUGCUUGCUCUCAGCUACUAAUAGCAACACUGAUACAUCAGUUGAAGAUGAUGGGCUUUCAAUGAUAUUCUCUGAUUGCAAGAGCUUAUGGAAUUCUGUUGCUACUACCAGUACUACUGCUCCAGUCUCAUCCGGAGAGUCCCAGAGUUGUUCGGAUCAAUAUACCAACAAUAUGAAACAAUCGGAAACAAACUCUGGCUCUUCAAAGAGAAGCAAUGAUUAUCAAAGUGAGUUCAAAGUUGGUCUAAAUCGUGUUUACUCCAAUAUUUCCGCUGCAACAAGUGGUGGUUUUAGGCUUAUUGAUGAGAACCCACCAAAAGCAAAGAAACCCAGAUUAGAAAAGGCGCUCCCGAGCUCAUCCAACAUAAAUUUUCAACUGCCAAGUUCAUCAGCAUCAUCUUCCAUUGAUGAACCUGACCCAGAGGCCAUUGCACAAAUGAAAGAGAUGAUAUAUCGGGCUGCAGCGUUCAGGCCUGUGAACUUAGGCAUGGAAGUGAUGGAGAAACCAAAAAGGAAGAACGUGAGAAUCUCAACGGAUCCACAAACAGUGGCUGCAAGGCAAAGGAGGGAAAGGAUAAGUGAGAGAAUUAGGGUUUUGCAGAGGUUGGUCCCUGGUGGGAACAAGAUGGAUACGGCAUCAAUGCUUGAUGAGGCUGCAAAUUACCUAAAGUUCCUCAGGUCCCAAGUCAAGGCACUAGAGAACCUAGGCCACCCAAUGACUGCUUUCAAUCCUUCACCAAUCAACCAGUCUCUCCCCAUGCAAACACAUAAUUUUAUACUCUUAAACCAUAAUUAUAUCCGCCACCCAAUAGACUUCAAAAAACACUACCCAUGAGAAAGUUCAUCAUCUUUCAUAUUUCAUCACUACUGAUUAACAUGCAAAAGAAAAGCAGUCUGACAACAUGCAUUACCGCAUCAGAAACUAAUUCCAAAUCCCUCAUCUUUUUCAUUAUUACAUCUGUAAUCUAGAGUUAGAAACUCUUCCUUUUUCUUGACAACUUUUUUUAUAUGAAAAAGGGUUAGUAAUUAUUGCACUUAUGAUUAAGAUCAAGGACCAGAAAGUAGUGAUUAGGAUCCUUUUACUCUUUGUUUAAUGUAUUCUCUGCACUUAAAAGCUUUCUUUUUGUUGGAGCUUUUUAAAUGGUAGUGGGUUUUUCAAUGUGUACUUUAUCUAGGUAAUAAAACCAAGAAACAUUCUCUAAAA